AUGAAGCUCCUUUCUUCCUUGGUUGCUGCUGCGCUCGCUGUCUCGGCGGUCCAGGCCAUCCCUGCCACGAACUCUGGCCUCCUCAACGGUGACCGCGUCGAAGUUCCGCCGACUGAUCCUAUUGACCGCAUCGACUUCUACCGCCAGAAGAUUCAACGCUACGAGACACCCAUCAUCCAAACUUACCUCGCCAGAGUAGCUCUCGACGGCUCUAUCGAAGGUGAAGAAGAAAAGACUGCCGAAUUCUUCGCAGAUGCUUCCAAGUUCAAGAAGGAUUUCUUUGCUCAACCUAACUCUGAAAACGAGCACUGGCUAGAGGAAAAGUCUGGUCAUGCUUUCGCAUCGGUCAACUCCUACCCACCCGCUGUUAACUACGUUACAAAAGUCGUUUUGCCCAAGGAUGCAGUGCUCGACAAACCUGUGGUUGGAAAGGGAAUCUUCCCUACCGGUCGUCGUCCUCAGGAUGAAGAUAACAUUGUCGACUUUAUCAAGGCCAAAAUUCAGGUUGACCAGAGUUCCGAUCUCAUGCUCGACCAGGCGUCAGUUAUCUUGCUCGACGCAUCGCUUCUGAGGCUAGUUUCCGCUCGGAUCUUGUUGGGUCGCGAGAUCGCACUGGCCAAAUUCGAUAGCCAGAAGAAAACGUACUGUCAGUUGCUAACCAACCAACCCAUCCAGAAGAAAGACAUCCUCGAAUCCCUCACCAAUCACAAACAAGUCGUCAACAUCCUCAGUCGUGUCCGCAGCAAAACCAAGGCCUCUACCCAAACCUUCUAUGGAGAUGCUGAAACCCUUUACCCCAAACACACCACUGAUAACCUCCUUCGCUUAUUCCAAGCCUACAUAAUCCCCAUCACAACCGAAAUCGAACUAGCCACCAUCAUCGCUCAGGCUCCUCACUGUACUAAGUGA